AUGAGUGAGGAACAAUGUCGGAACUUGGGCGAGGCUGUCCCAGGUUGCUGUAACGGUGCCGAAUACAACUCCCGAGAACGUCAGCCCCACCCGAAAUGUUUGGAAGGGACCCGCGUGGAUCUCCUAUCCUACAUAUACGAAGUACUAGACGACCUAGAGAAGAAUCGACUUAUUUGGCUGCACGGCACGGCAGGCAUCGGAAAGUCUGCCGUCGCGUUCACCAUAGCUGAGAGGAUGAAAGGUCUAAAAGUGACAGAGGAGACGCAUGUCGAAAUGCGGCUAGCGGGAACAUUCUUUUUCUCGCACAAGCACACCAAACGUUGCACAGCUGGAUAUUUCUUUGCAACGCUUGCCUACCAGCUUGCCAAUAAUUUUCCAAGCAUCCGGCAGGAUGUGAACAGAGCGAUCCGCAACAAUCCUGUUCUACUAGACCCAGGCGUGCCUCUCUGCGAUCAGAUGGAGGCUCUUUUUCUCCAACCUCUCCGAAAUCUUCAACCUAGAUUGCGCGGGUGUCAGCCUCUGACGUUUGUUGUCGAUGCCCUUGAUGAAUGCACAUCCGAACCUGAGCUUACCGACCUCAUCCUUUCCCUUGCGCAGGCCCUUCGUGACCCUGAUCUUCCCGUGACACACAUUCUACUCACGAGUCGCCCGGAAUCGCGUAUCUGCAAAGCCUUUCAGGACAAGGAGGUGCGGCUGUUGUUGUGUGAAAUACCUGUGAAAACUUCUGGGGAGGGCGUUGCUACCAUCAUCUCAGUCGACGGCGCCGAUGUUGACAAAGACAUCUAUAUUUUCUUGCAGCAUUCAUUCGCAAAGCUGACAAGUCGCCAUACUGAUUUCCCUCAGUCAUCGAUGGAUGAUCUUGCGAAGCUGGCGAGCCGAGCAGGCAGACAUUUCAUCGUGGCGUCUACAAUGAUGAAGUUCAUUGUCGACAAUAAAGAUGAUGAUCCCCGCGAUCGGUUACAGCUGAUGCUCAAGCUAACUAGCGAACUUUUACCAGGAACGGAGGUGUACAAGUUGUACGAUUGUAUCCUCUCCACAUGUGCUGACCCCAAGCGGGCUUACAUGCACUUGUCCAUCGUCGCCGCGCUCAUAUGCCCUACUCCAAAGCCCGGCUCGGCCUGGGGCUUCAGGCCGGGCUUUGCACUAACCGUAAUGCACACAUAA